AUGGCUGCGACCGCCACAGCACUGGUGAUGAGAGAGGUGAAUAGUCCACUCAGCCUGGAGGACAUUCGUCUUAAUGACCUGAGAGCCGACGAAGUGCUAGUCGAAAUUCAUGCGACAGGCAUCUGUCAUACAGAUCUGUCUUGUAUGAAUGGAAAUUUACCUGCAUCUACUCCAUGUGUAUUCGGACACGAAGGGGCUGGGGUCGUUGUGAAAACCGGCAGCAGCAUCACACAUCUCCAUGUAGACGACAAGGUGUUAUUGAGUUAUGCAUUCUGCGGAAAUUGCGAGCAAUGCACCAGCGAACAUCCAGCAUAUUGCAACCAGUGGGUGCCGAGCAACUUCGGUCAACAAAGGUCAGAUGGGAGCUUUACCCUGUCUUUCCCGAACGGAGAUCCUCUGCGUGGAAAUUUCUUCGGUCAGAGUUCUUUCGCCAGUUUGGCCAUUGUGCAUGCAUCAUGUGUUGUGAAAGUGGGUCCUGAAUGUCCUUUGGAUAGAUUCGCACCGCUAGGUUGUGGAUUCCAGACUGGAGCAGGGGCAGUGAUAAACACACUUGACGUGCAACCAGGAUCAAGCCUAGCGGUAUUCGGUGCUGGUUCCGUGGGUAUGAGUGCUAUCAUGGCGGGGAAGAUACGUGGCGCAAAGACUAUUAUCGCCGUGGACUUAAAUCAGGAUCGGCUAGACCUUGCGAAGAAGCUUGGAGCGACACAUACCAUUAUCGGAUCUGAUGAGGACAUUGUCAAGCAGAUCCAAGCGAUUUGUCCACCGCUUGGAGUGCAGUAUGCCGUUGACUGUACCGGUGUUCCGGCAGUUGUUGAGAAAGCUAUUCAGGCGCUUGGGACGCGAGGAAAAUUGGCCACUGUUGGUGCUCCAACACCCGGAAAAACAGCUAAAGUCGAUAUAUUCGCACAACUGGUGUUCGGUCGCCAGUAUGUAGGUUGCUGUGAGGGAGACGGUCAACCCGAAAAGUUCCUGCCAUACCUCAUUGAGCAAAAUACCAAAGGGAACUAUCCCAUCGAGGAACUCAUCAAGAACUAUCCGAUUGAGAAAUAUGAUGAAGCAAUCAGCGAUAUGAAGACCGGCAAGACUUUGAAGGCAGUGCUACUGUGGAAGUAG